GCUGUUGCCCCAACUCCCCUCAGGUGGGUUUAACAUGCCUGAACCCCAUCAAACCUUGGACCAGAGUGCGACGGGUGAAAACAAAUGACACAAACUCCUUAAAUGGUGGUGCCAUGUCUGGGUAGCUGGGAGCCUGCUGGAAACAGCUUCCCCAAUACUGCAUCCCAUUGCUUUUGUUUAUCUAGCCUUGCUGACAUUUUCUUCAAUUAGGAAACAAUAGCUCCGUUCCAAUGUACUGAGCACAAUUACUGAAACUGAGUCACGUGGCACCAGGAGAGUGUGUUUUCAAUUAUUCACUCUGUCUUUUUUUGCCAGGCCUAUGAAGAGGAACAGCCUUCUGCAGGAGUCAGGUUUGUCUGCCUCGCUGUUGAUAUUUAGCACCACAGAAGCAGAGAAAACUACUGAAAGUAUCAUGCCACAUAAAUGGGAGAAUGAUAGGAAAAAGAGCAGCAGCUCUCUGAAGAUGGAUCAAAAGAACAAUGCUGGGAACAGGAAGUCAAGAAAGUUUCGCUCCAUUUCAAGAUCCCUCAUACUCUGCAAUGCCAAAACCAGCGAUGAUGGGUCAAGUCCCGACGAGAAAUGCCCUGAUCCCUUUGAGAACUCUACCAGCUGGGGUCAAGAGGAUUUUGACUGCUGUCCCAGAACUCAGCUGCCAUGCACAUCAGAGGCAGAGGACAGCCCACCCAAUCCUCCACGUGCGAUCACCAGCAUCCUCCAGUCCAAAGCUGCAGCAAAUGAGAACUGCAACAAUACAAGAAGAAAGUUCCUUACCAAGGACAGCUGCAUCUGCAGGCUGUGUUCAACAUCAGGGAACAGCAGCUCAGGAAUCAAGCUGUCCAGGAGUCCAAGAUGUGCAUCUUUCUGGAAAGGGUUAACAGGCAGCCAUGUGCCUGCUGAAGGCCCAGCAAACAGGGAUGGUUGCCUGAGCCCAAGGGAUGAACUGUUAGCACUAAAUGUACAAUCACUGAAAGACCUGUCCAGAAAGGAGGCUGAGCCUCUCAUUCCCCCCCCAACACGGCUGGUGAACAUCAUCAUGGCUCACAAAGAAACAUCAGCACGUAAGGACAGGCCUUUGGAAAUACAGAAUGGUUUUCUGCACGGUAAGGCUGCAUGCCAGCGGACUCGCAGUAACUCCACCAGUGCGAGCCCGCUCUGGGCCGGGGCUGUGGAGGGCCCGGCGCCGCGCCGAGCUGCGCCCCUCAGGGACCGCCCGCCCCACGCCCUCCACGCCGGCCGAAAGUCGCUGUCACAGCAGCUGGACUGCCCUGCGGGGAGAGCCCCGGCAAUUUCGAGGCCAUCCAGAUCCCUAAGUACAGCACAACUGGUGCACACAACCUGUGGCUCACAGGCUUCAGUGAUUUCAAACAUUGUAUUGAUGAAAGGACAAGGGAAGGGUUUAGGCUUCAGUAUCGUUGGUGGCAAAGACAGCAUUUAUGGACCAAUAGGCAUCUAUGUCAAAACCAUCUUUCCUGGUGGAGCUGCUGCUGCUGAUGGAAGGCUACAAGAAGGUGAUGAAAUCCUGGAACUGAAUGGAGAAUCCAUGCAUGGAUUAACACAUUAUGAUGCUUUACAGAAAUUUAAGGCCAAAAAGGGUCUUCUGACACUUACAGUCAGGACAAGCUUCAGCACACCUCAUUCUGCUUCCAGCUGUCAGUCACCCCUCUUGUGUCAGUCACUGAGCUCCAGUACAUGCAUAACCAAGGAAAACAGCUCUUUCAGCUCAGAAAAUGCAGCAUUCUCCUUAAAUCCUACAAAGCCCAAUGACAGGGUCAUAAUGGAAGUUACCCUACACAAAGAGCCAGGUGUUGGCCUUGGAAUUGGGUUGUGUAGCAUCCCUUACUUCCAGUGUAUUUCAGGGAUCUUUAUUCACACCCUCUCGCCAGGCUCAGUGGCACAUAUGGAUGGGAGACUCAGGUGUGGAGAUGAAAUUCUUGAAAUUAAUGAAACUUCAGUACAAAAUACAACCCUUAAUGAAGUUUAUGCUGUGCUGAGCCAUUGUGAUCCUGGUGCAGUACAAAUCAUUGUUAGCAGACACCCUGAACCACAGGUGUCUGAGCAACAGCUAAAAGAAGCUGUUGCACAAGCUGUGGAAAGCAGCAGAUUUGGAAAGGAGAGACACCAAUGGAGUGCUGAAGGUGUAAAGAGGCUGGAAGUGAGCUGGCACGGGAGGCAGCCCUGCGAGAAGCACACGGACAGGAGCGUGGGCUGCUGCAGCCGCAGGGCACAGCGGCUCAUGACCCGCUCCAGCAGUGACAGCAGCUACAACCCCCGGGCCUCCUGUGCCCCUGCUGCUGUGCACCAGCUCACAGACUUGAAAGCAAGAGUACACAGUGUAGAUGUACCAAUCACCCAGCAGCCUGGGCUGCUCUACUCAUUCUCUGCCAAUAAUUCAGGAAGAAGUUCCCCUCCCACCUGUAGUGAAGGUGGUCGAGCUUCGCAAAACACUAAGAAGUCAUCAGAGAUCCUCGUUAGAAAACCUAAAUCAUCAAAGCCCAAACCUCCACCAAGGAAAUACUUCAAGCAGGACUGCACGUGUGUGGACCAGGGUAAUGCAGACAGAAAAGAAAAGCUUGUCUCAGAAAUGGCUGCAUCAUCAUCUGUAAGUGUGCAGCAGGAAGUUGGAGAAGCAAUGCUAGAGGGACAUCAAACCGAUGUAACCCACAGUGUCUUCACCAUUUCUCCUACUGCAUGUGAUAAGGAACACACAGCUGCUGCUCCAGUGGGCAGAGAGCAAGAAAGGAAAGAAAAGUUAGGGACUCCACUUUCAUCAAUACAAAGGCCUGUACUUAAAAGACAAGCACGGGUAGAUUAUAGUCUUGAUACAACAGAAGACCCCUGGGUUAAAAUUUCUGACUGCAUAAAAAGCUUAUUUAAUCCUACCAUGAGUGAAAACAACGUCCACUUAGAUUUGCAACCUGGCAUAGACAAAAAAAAAGAGAAUCAAAAUCGAAGCAGCUCAGAGACAGUUCUGAAGAAAUCAGAAUCAGAAUUAGUGGGUUCCAAAGUGCUAAAAUCAGAUGAAAAUGACAGUGUGAAAAAGGGUCCUCCUGUUGCACCAAAGCCCACCUGGUUCCGCCAAAGCCUGAAAGGAUUGAGGAAAGCAAAUUCAGAUCUAAAAUCACAGGCAGAUCAAAGUCUUCCCAACCGUGACAGUGUUUCCAGUAAAAAACUGCAAUCCAGCUUAUCACGUGUGUCACCUGGAGGAUCAUCAAUAAAACAAAGAAUAAGCUCAUUUGAAUCCUUGAGUGCUCCACAGUCACCUGAAAAAACCCCCCGAAGGCUGAGCCUAAAACCAUCAGCGCAGAAGGAACCUUCUCGCCCUGCAGCAGGGGCAGAGGCAGCUCCAGCCUGUUCAAACCAACCCCUCCUCCCACGCUGUGAAAACAGCCACCAACAGCCACCUGCGGCCAUGGCUACAAAGAGCCUGGAUAGAUCUUCCUCUCGCAGGGAGAGCAUUGCCAGACCAGAGAAAACCAGCUCAGAGAAAAGCAGCAAUGCCAGCACUGAAAGUUCAUCCAGUCUCCUCUCUCCGGGAGCUGUUAACUCCCAUCUUGUGUCAGUAGCAAAAGCUCACAGCCUGAGGUCACGAAGCUUCCCUCUCACUGCUGCCCAGGCUUGUGAGAUAAUGAAGCCUUUUGAUGAGAAGUGUAGCAAAAUCUAUUCCAUCAGCAGCCAGGUGUCAUCUGCUUUAAUGAAAUCAUUGCUUUGCCUUCCUCAGUCCUCAGCCUCUUCUGGAAACAGUGCAUGGGAAACUUUGGACACAGUGUCUCAGUCCUCCAUGGAGGAGGAUGGGGCUUCCACCUCACCUGCGAGUGAGAACCAUCACCUGGACACUGGCUUUUCCCUAAACCUCUCAGAGCUGAGAGAAUACACGGUGAGCCUGGCAGACAAAGAGAAGGAGGAAGACAGACAGGAACAGGGCUCACCUCAAGCAUCCGGUGUGUUGGGGCAGUCAGUCAUCUCUUUGCUUUCCCCUGAGGAGCUGGCAAAGCUUAUAGAGGAAGUCAAAGCCUUAGAUGAAGAAACCUUAAAGGAACUUGAUGAUAUUCAUGUUACAGUUUUGCAUAAAGAAGAAGAUACUGGGCUUGGAUUCAGCCUGGCAGGAGGCAUUGAUCUAGAAAACAAAGUGGUAACAGUUCACAAGGUAUUUCCCAAUGGCCUGGCCUGUCAGGAAGGAACUAUUCAGAAAGGAGAUGAAGUACUCUCCAUUAAUGGGAAGUCUCUGAAAGGUGCAACUCACAGUGAUGCCUCAGCAAUCAUGCGACAGGCCCGGCAAGCCAGACAGGCUGUUGUUGUCACCAAAAAAUCCAAAGAUGGAGCAAAAAAUCUCAAUGUUUCAAUCAGCUCUAGUACAUCAUCAGUAGCAAGUGAUGCCUCACAAGAGUCUGCCACUGGGGAUACAAUCUGUACUGUAACUCUAGAAAAAACAUCUGCUGGUUUAGGAUUCAGUCUGGAAGGAGGGAAAGGCUCUAUUCAGGGAGAUAAACCCAUCAUCAUCAACAGGAUAUUUAAAGGGACUGCACUGGAACAGAGUAGCCCUGUUCAGCCCGGCGAUGAGCUCCUACAAGUGCACACAACUGCCAUGCAAGGACUCACUCGUUUUGAGGCGUGGAAUGUAAUCAAGGCAUUACCUGAUGGGCCCAUCACAGCCAUCAUCAAGAGGAAGAAUCACAGCUCUGUUACCAGCAAGUCGUCCAAAACUUUGUAAGAGGAGGGAUUAGACUACUGCCAAUAUUCAAACAAAGGAUUUUAUUACUUGCAGGCACUUGGCUGCCUCAGCAAGAUACUCAGAAAGCACCCACGAGGAGUACACUGGAGCUUACUGCCAGUUACAGAGAAAGCUGUCUGGGAUUAACUAAAACGUGCAGGAAACAGGCAUGAUUCUUAUUUCAACCUUCAGAAACAGAUGUUGCAAAGUGUAUAAUUAUAAAAUAAUGACUUUGUUAAUAAUAUAGCGGUUGUAAUAAAAUACGUGACAGCUAUAGUACUCUCCUAUUUUAAGCUAUUCACUUAACAGGUGAAUAAAAGCAGAUCCUGUGCUGAA